AUGUCUCUUCUUGGCGACGCAGCAGAAGGUUGCUCUUCCGGAUAUCAGGGCGCACAGUCUCUGUCGCCUCUCAUCAGUCCUUCUUCACCAACAGAAACCUGCGUUGGCCGAAGUGGUGGCAGCCCGUCGCCGUGCACCUCUCCCAAACGCCUCGAUGAUUCCCUGAUCUUGCUUCAUCUUCCUUUUAAUCAGCACUCUAAACUGGAAGUGAAGCCUGGUGUUUUGACACGGGAUGCAAUCGCCAAAAUCCUGGAGAAGCGAGCAAUUUUGCCACAAAUGUGCCGAGUUUGCGUUGGUGCUGACCCGUCCAGUCCUCGUGUCGAUCUCAGCAUGGAUUUGGAGACCUUAUCCAGCGUCCUCGAAAAGAAGGAGCUUUGGGUGCACAGUGCAUAUCUCUCCAUACUGGUAUCCAUAAAACAUAGUUUUGUGAGAAAAACUUUCCUUUCUGUUGCAUUUUGCGACGUAUGCCAUAAACAGAUAUGGUUGCAAGGUUAUCGGUGUGAAUUGUGCCAGUUUACGUUUCAUCAGAAGUGUGGCUCAAAGGUUCCCAAUUAUUGUGACCGUAUGCAACAAAUUUCGCAUGAUGUACACAUGGCCAAUCGACUCCGUGAUAUAUGUGACCAGUAUGAAGGCCCGAAUGCGGCACUUGUUGCCGAAAUUAUACAACAUUUCCACAGCCCUGCAGCGGAGACGUUGUCAAAUCAUGCGGGUAUUUCGCGGCAACAAGCCGUACGUUUGCCGGGUCGAGUCGAAAUCGGUGGUGGAAUCAAUGAAACAGCCCGCGAUCGCUCAUCUUCUGCUCCUAACAUAUACGAAAUUUCAAAGAAUGAAACACUGCGUGAAUCGAAAGUGCUGGAUGCUCUGAACAGUAGCGUUCAAGUGCACGUUCAGCCGUCAGGUGUAUCAAAGGCUGCGAAGCCCGCUCAUCGGGAUUGGCACACUGCUGGCUUCCGCCGGACAAAUCGUUUGCAUCCAUCGAAUCUAUCCGGAAUGGUGUCGCCAAGUUUCACUAAUUCACCCUCUUCAACAAGCUCCUCACCAACGCCAGCUUACAGUGGAGCUACCUAUGACGCUGGAUCAGGCAUGCCUCCAACUCCACCACAAUCGGCCCCACCGCAGAAAACAUACGGGUUUCGUUUUCGCAGCAAAAGCCCGAAUGACAAAAUGCCCAUCAGAGGGCCUGGCGGCGGUCCGUCCUCAGUUUCAUCGGAUCGUUUGGGUGAUACGCAUGAGGGUGACAAUCGCGAGAAGUUAAAGCAGCGUAUUUUGAUGGAAGGCUGGGAAAUUGACCGUUCGCUUGUCACUUAUCACAAGAAGAUUGGCAGCGGAUCGUUCGGUACUGUCUAUUUGGGCAGUUAUUUUGGUAUGUCUUUGUGUCUUUCCACAUUUUACUGUCGUGUCUAGGC